GUAGAUUAGAAACGUAAUUGUGAUAUCGAACAUAUAUAGCAGAUCCUCAUAUUUUCUUGCAGUAGCAGAUCUAUACGCCCACCAACUCAAGAUGAAAGAAGCAAUCGUCGCCCCAGACCAGACGGUCGAAAUCGUCGACUCACCAAUCCCAAUCCCACAGCCAGGCCAAGUCUUAAUCAAGGUCAUCUUCUCAGGAAGCCACGACAUCGCAGGCAUCGUUCACGCGCUCGGCGCCGGCGUCUACCAAUUCAAAGUCGGCGACCGCGUAGCCGCGUUCCACGAGAUGUUUACUCCUGGUGCUAGCUUCGCCGAGUACGCUCUCGCGUGGCAGUGUACGACUUUCCACCUACCAGACCACGUGAGCUUUGCGGAGGCCGCGACAUUGCCGCUUGCGGGUAUGACUGCGGCAGUCGGGUUGUAUCGCUACCUGGGGCUGCCUGAGCCUUGGUCGAGUGCUACACCAAAGGACAGCGAGAAGCGGCCGAUUUUGGUGUAUGGAGCGGCGUCUGCGGUUGGGGCUUUUGCUGUUCAGCUUGCGAGGUUGUCGGGGCUGCAUCCUAUCAUGGGCGUGGCGGGUAGGGGGGUGGCGUUCGCGGAGGGGCUGAUUGAUAAAUCGAAAGGUGAUGCUAUCAUCGACUACCGUGGAGGCGAGAAAGCUGUCAUCGCUGGCAUUAAGGACGCCCUGCAGGCGGCUGGGUGCGAUCAUGUCCCACUACAGUACUGCUUCGACGCCAUUGCCGAGGCGGGCACUCACGAGAUCAUCGCCGCGGUGCUGGAUACGAAAUUGGGUAGCAGCAAAGCGACGCAUGUUAUGCCCAUAGAGCGGUUUGCGACGAAAGGGUUCAAGUAUCCCAAGGGGAUUGAGGCUAGUCUAAUGAUGGUGGGCGAUGUUCAUGGCCCGGCGAAGGACUUUGGCUAUAUUUGGCUCCAGUACUUUUCGAGGCUUUUGGAAGAUGGGAGAUUGAAGCCGCAUCCGUUUGAAGAGAAGCCAGGCGGCUUGGGAGGUAUUGCCGCGGCUUUGAGGGACUUGAAAGAAGGGAAAGCCAGUGCGGUGAAGUAUGUCUUUGAUAUCGGGAGAACAGAGGGAGUUGAAAGGGCUUGA